CAAACCGUUGUUUACGGGUGGUUGCCAUGCACAGAAUUGAAACCGGACUUUCAAGACUUUAGAAGUUCACUGGUGAGCAUCCAAACAGACAUCGCCAUGUCCACCUUCAACUUGGGCUACGAACUGCUUCGAAGCAGCACUCCACACUCAAGGUCAGACUGCGUGAGCGUCGCAUCAGACCGCAUGAUGCCGGUGAGCACGAUGCAUCGCAUGGCGCUGAAAGCCUGUGAGAAAGUCAUUUUGUUGAUGAACAAUACGAGGAUGCUCACCCGGCACCACAGGCUGGCCAGUAUGAAUGAUGUACUGGUCUACCUUACAGGUCACCAUGAAGACGAGGGUCUGCCGGGAGACAGAGGAGAUUUUUACCGGCGAAAGUUGGCGGAGCAGCUCUACGUCCACUACAGUCUCCAGAACGUGGACCACUCCAAUGUGUUGAGUUUCGUCGACGGACUUCUCAGACUGGAGCGGGACUGCCGUUUUGUUUUGUCUGAGCGCGGAUGUCGUCGUUCUGAGGCCCCGCCCAUCAAUGUCGACGGGCAAAUCUUGGAUAUGAUUGGUCGCCUUGCCGAUGUUCACUAAAUUUGUGCUGUUGCAUACCCUCAAUAAAAAGUGUUUGGGUGUGUGUGGGAGGGGAGGGGGGAGGGGGAGUGAACUGAAUUUUAAGAACUAAAUAAUGGUGAACCAUGAUCGCUGAUGUCUCUUUCAGAUGCGGCAUGUGCAGCAGAAGAAGAAGAAAAUAUUGCCCCUUGGUUUUAAUGCUAUCUAUCACAUAAGUUGAGAAGAAUCAGAGCACACGCUAAGGUUUCACUCACUAAAAAGGGGCUUGCCAAAAUAAUCAGAGCUGUUUACCUCAUUUCUGGGAGAAGAAUCUUCAGUCUGCCAAACAAGACCAUAUCGUGUCUUCAGCAGUAUUAUAUAUAUAUUAUUAUAACUCUUUUUUUUUUAUAACGAAUGUAAAAAUUACACUGUGCUUAUCUUGUCUGUUAUCCCGUACGCUUUUUAUGAGAUGUUUUGCCAUACAUUAAUAUCUGGUUUGGUGGUUUAGUAUUACUUGUUCGCUUUACAGUAUAUCAUGAAAGAGGGUUUGAAUGCUUUGGGCUAGCUACUUGUUUUAUUUCUGCAUUCUUAAGAAAUUUGACUCUUUUAGGGUGUAGUGCAAAUUACUUAAAACUAUAAUAUUGCGUGUUGUCUUACUCCUUUCCCUGGUUGGAACAGAAGUGAAGUACCAUGUGUAUAUAUAUAUAUAUAUAUAUGUAUGUAUGUGUAGGCUGUAAUUUGUACUAAAGUAUAUUAUACUGCAGAUUUUAUUUUUAACAAGGGUAUAAUUAUAUUCCAAAUUUUUCAUACGCCUUUUCCCUGGAAAUUUUGUCACAAAAUGAGCAAGGAGGUAAUGUGGACACAUCAACAGUGAACCAGAAGACAUAUUAGGUUCAUAGCUUUUCCAUUUUGAUGCUGUUAGAGAAAACACCAUGCAUAUGGCAGCACUGUGCCGUAUGAGCUGUAAAAAAUGAAACUCUUCGGGAAAAAAAAUGCGGAUUAUAGGGGGGAUUUCAAAAUGCAUUCACAAAAAAUGAAUACAUAAUAGCUGACUACUUUUAAGUCAAAGGCAAGUAUGAUCGAGAUAAUAUUCUGAAGCAGGUAUGGUUUCUAGCACUUUUAACCGGGUUUUUCUUAUAUAUUGCAUUGUGUACUUAGUUUUUAGUUGGUAUCUGUAGGGCAGAGAGCUGGGGUAUUUCUCUCAGUCCUGACUCUGUGCAAUGUCAUCGCAGUAAUCAUAAUGACCUGCCCUUGAAAGCACAUUCUUAGAGAUGAUGUACAUGUAUAUACUGAUUCAACCACUGCAAUACUGAAGGCGUUUCUAGCAAUAUUUUAUAGGUUUCAUCUCUUACGCAAUUUUAUCUUUUCAGCAGUUUUUGCAUGUAAAUAAAUUAACCAUGAGAUAGCAAAAAUAGAGAGAGAGAGAGACUUUGUUUAUUUUGUGAUAAAAACAUGUGCAAUUGUGCUAACAAGCCAAGAUUUAUUUGUUUAUGUGGAAUGAGAUGAUGUAAAAUGAAGUGACAAAGAAUGAGAUGAACUCUUAAUUGAGAUGAUGUGGAAUAGGAGGACAUAUAAUAAUGAGGUGAUUUGGAAUGAAAUGAAGUAAAACGAAAUCAUGUGUAAUGAGAUGAAGUAAAACAAGAUGAUGUGGAUUGAGACCAUGUAAAAUGAGAUAUAUGUGGAAUAAAAUGAUGUAAUGUAAAAGUAAAUGAUGUGGAAGAAGAUGGAGAAAAAUGAGAUGAUGUGGAAGGAGACAAUGUAAAACAAGCAAGACAAUUUGAAAUAAGGUGAAGGAAAAAAAAA